AUGGCAUUUGUAUUUUAGGCUGAAAGAGAUAUCAAUAAUGCAUCUGGAGCUCUGGCACCCAACAUAGGUCCUGGAAGCUAUAUUGGACAUAGAAAAUAUGAACCUCGACCUCACGCUGCUCCAUUCAAUACCCAAGUUGCGAGAAGCAAACCAUUAAAAAAAAGUAAUUCUCCUGGUCCUGGUAGCUAUAACGUUGAAUUUGUAACAGAAGGGUAUAGAUUUUAAGCAAAUUUAAGUUAACGAGUUGUUCUAUAAUCCGCAUAGUCUGAAGUGAAAAUUGUAGAACAAUAGAAACAGCAAUCAGUUUUUAUGUCACAGACCAAAAGAUUUUAGGAACAAAAAGUGAUGGAAACUCCAGGGUAUUAUUUUCAUUUAUAUUAGUCCUGGCUCUUAUGAAACCGCAUCAUAGAAGAAAAUUGCAUAAUAACAAUACACAUCUUAAAAUUAUAUCGACAAUCUUAUGAAACUUAAUAAAUAUUAAUCCAUACCUUCAAUCCCUACUGCAAGUUAAGUGUAUGGUUAUACCGACAAAGGACGUAAUCUAUGAAAUAUGAGUUGUAGCUCAAGAUCUAGAACUCAACAAAAGUCCUGUUCCAACUUAUACAGGACUGAAAUCAGAUACUGUAGGGCCAGGAUAAUAUCAAUUAAAAGACACUUUCGAUAAUAAUAAGAAUAAAGGGCCUUCUUGGUAUAAAUCUAAAGUUCCUAAAUUAGCUCCUUCUUCUAAGGAGUAGGUUGUUGGACCUGGAGCCUAUGAUCAUGAAAAUUCUAUGAUUCCUCUGUAUAAAUUGAAUCCUUCAGGUAAUUUUCUGUCAAAAUCUCAAAGAAUGUUUGACCAAUAAAAAGGUCAAAAAACAAGAGAAUUUAUGAGAGCUUAAUUUGAAAAUCAGAAGAAAAAACUAAUGUAGAAUCCUAUAUUUGCUGACAUUGAAGAUGAUGAUGUUGAAUUUUAUGAUGUAAACUAUUACUUAAAUGUAGAAUACUACUCCAGGACCAGGAUAUUAUAUAGGUAACUAAACUACUUUUUCCACUGCUUCUACAUUCUCUUAAUCGAUUGCAAAGACUUAAAGUGCCUUUGGUUCAAAAUAGAAGAGAUUUAACGAAUAGCAAAGAUAGAUUUAGAUGGGGCCAGGCGAUUAUAGAAUAGAAACAAAUUUGAUAAGGAAUAAUAUGGCUCUGAAGAAUACUCCCUUUUUAUCUUCCAAUACAAGAUUUGAAAGUAGACCAAUGGAGAAAAAGCCAGGACCUCAGAGUUAUAAUCCCAAGAUUACUGUAAUAUAUAAAUUCUAUAGUAGCUAGAAGAUAAAUUAAUCAAGAAAUUAGAAAGAGCACCUGUUGGAAAGUUUGGAUCAAAUCAACCAAGAUUUGAUAAUCCUGAAAAUGAAUAGCCUGGACCUGGAACUUAUGAACCUAAUUUUAAAGAUCCUGCUAAGAGUGCUGCUUGCGUUUUCAAAUCUUAAACCAAACGAAGCAUUAUUGGUGGUAAAUAUAAUCUACCUGCUCCUGGAGCCUAUGAUGUGAAGAAUUAUACAAUAGAAAAUUCAACUAAGAUAGAAAAAGAAGAAGAUAAAGAUCUUAUCAUCAAUAAACCAGGUUUUGGUUCUUCCUAACCAAGAUUUUAAGAGAAACCAAAAAAAGAUAUGGAUGAGGAAGAUGAGGAAGAGGAAACCUAAUUGAAAAAUAAUGCUUCUGAUUUAUUUUAAAAGAAGAAGAAAGAACAUCCACCUUUUAAUUGUUAAGUAAAUAUAUAAAUAAUUAAUUUAAUAGGAAAAUAGAUUCCAGUACAAACAAAAAAAAAAUAAUCUUCCUGGACCUGGAGAAUAUUUUGAAUAAAAAUAGAAUAACUGGAAUAAGAAAACAUUUAACAUUUUAUUUUCAGAGAUGUGA